AUGCCAGCCAGCUUUUCAGGAUAUCUGGGUGAGCAUGGAAGCCCGCAGCCUACACAAGAUGCACACGAAGGCCGAAGCAAGGCAACCACUGAAGUCCCUCAGGACCACAAGGGCCCACCUUGGCAACAUUUCCAAGGACCGGAUGAUUCAGAAAGCGUUGUCAGCGAAUUGAUAUUUCGGCUUAAGGAAAGUAUUAGCGAGCAGGCAGGGAGCUGGUGGAGGGCUUCAAUGGCAAAGGCGGCGAAGAGGCCUCUGCUCGCUUCAUACGAAACGGCUCCAGAGGAAACCUUCGCAAGCACCCAUGAAAUCCAAGAUGAGCUUGUUCCAGGACCGAAUGAGAAUUCUGUUUUCAGCAGUAAUUGGCACGAUCGCCUGCAGUGGGCAUUUCAGCGGGUGCUCACCCUCCGUGAGUCCCAGGACUCGAGGUCAGCAAGCCAGCUCAGAAGACGACUUUUCGAACGCGAGCUGGCCCUCAAUCACGAGAUUGGAUCAUUUGCGGCAGCUGCCCGUGCUGCAGCAGUAGUGUUGGUGCACUCUCUGACCUUGGAAGAACGAGAUGGUUCAGGGGAGAAGUUCAAGCCUGCGAACGAGGAGAGGCAACAGCGAAAAGGACCAGCCCAGUGCUUCAUCCGCAUAAGACAAGAAGAGCAUUCGACCUUGUGGCGUGUCUAUCAACCAAAGUUUCCAGACGACGAAGUUUACGUCUUUGACAGUCUGGUCCUGACGGUCAUAGUGGGAGACGCCCAAGCAAACAUCAAGCCACACUUUGCAAAAGAAGUCUACCAGAACGAUGUGAAGGGCCGACAGGCAGUUGCAGAUGCAGUGUAUGCGACAGUUUUCGCGCGAAAGAAAGAGACAGAUUUGCGCCUCCUCAGUCGCUUUCAGCAUCAACGCGGUCAUCAGCGCGACCUUCGGCAACAAGUAGAUACCGCGUGGAACUUGCACGACCCAACUAAAUUUGAGCGUGCCAAACUUGGGCUUCCAAUCGUUUGCCUUGUUGAUUAUGCCGGCUUCGCUGUCCUAGUUGAGCCGCUUAUACCCCUUAGCCCAGCCCCCGUCAACGUCUUGGAAGAACUGGUGGCGGACAUUCGCCGUUGCCUUCCCGACUUUGUACAGCAGUGUGGAAACAUUGGUAACCCUCUCGGGUGCUUUGAUGCCUUAGACAAAGUAGACCGCUCUACCUAUCAUAAAUUUAAGAACAUUGCCGGCUUUUUGAACCUGGCAGACUAUCCGUUUCCUCGUGGCGCUUCAGACUUCGCCAUGCCGUUGCCUCCAGCGGCGCUCUGGAGGUCUCAGGUGGACCACUUUUGCAUAUUUCGCAAUCUCCAUGAAGCGCUGCCUCCGAAGUGUGAUGAUGGGAGAGUGGUACCGGAACAAAGGUUCCGACAGACUUUUCUUUCUCGCGUCUUUGAUGUUGCGUUGCCUUGCACGAGCAGAGAGCAGCACAGGGCUACAGAGAUACGUGCCUCAAAGUUUGCUCAGCAGCAUACACCAUUACGUGGAACGCUGGAGGCGCUUUCUGUGGCUGCGCGCUCAUUGGAGCUUGCUAUCAAGCAGGACGUCGUACCCACAAUCAACGCACUGCAAAAAAAUUUUUUGGAUUCACAUGACGUUGCACAUGCUCUUCAUACCCAUGGAAUUAACAUUCGAAAUAUGGCUCAGCUGUUAAAACAUGGUCCUGCUUCACCAUUUAAGGAUGCUAUCAUCCGCGAGGUAGUGGCCAGAUCAGCUAAACACUUAUUCCGCCUGCAAGUUGAGAAACUUGCUGGAGGCGGAAUGGUUGACACCAGCCACAUGGAAGAAAUUCAACGUUUGGUUGUGAAGCUUUUUAAUUUGGUCCUCUCUACGAAUGAAGAGUCAAGGAUUUUUUGGAGCCACCAAAUACUUCCGCUAGCCUUAGAGAGGUACAGGGUAGAUCUGACUGAAAUGGCCUCUCCGGAGAGCGUUUGCACGUAUUCCCUCUUCAAGGCCAUGGAAUACAACUUGAGCGUUCAAUUCGAUAGCAAUGUGACUGCGCGUUCAACGAGUCCAUCCGGCGAAGCAUCUCUGGAGCUUCGACUGCCAUUGACUGUAGCAGACUUGUCUACAUUCUCCAGCCGUCGGGACUCUCUGCUCUUUCCUCACAUUUCACAGGUGAGAGGGGCGCUCGUUGGGGGUUGCCAGACAGAUGCCGACAAUGAUAAUGACGGCGAGGACUGGGGGCCCCAACUACGAUCAACCAAGCGCCGCAUACGACACUUCGAAAACACCGAUGUGUCCACGGAUAAAGACGAGAGUACCAAGCUAAGGGCUCCCGGUACAGCGGCAAAACUGCAAAAGUUUGCAGAGCUGCGGGAAGUUCGAGGGUUUUAUCCCAGACUCCACCUCGUCGCUCCGGAAACUCUCGCUCUUAUGCAGGCAGCUAGUGCGGCGACUGUAGCUGGCGCAAGUAGCCCUUCUUUAGAUGUCCUUCUAGACAACAUGAAGGCUGAUCUGUCUGCAGAGCUCAAGAUCACUGCUAAGUUAACGCUCGGUUCGGGACCCUACAGGAAAUGGGUCGGCUAG